AUGGUCCGAGGUUCCGAUAUCAUCUUGAUUCUCGUCGCUAUCAUUUUCCCCCCUCUCGCAGCGGCGAUGAUUACCGGAUGUUCUUGCGACUUGUUCAUCUGCGUGUGCUUGACCAUCUUGGGAUAUCUCCCUGGUCAUUUGUAUGCCUUCUGGUUGAUCUACAAGAAGAUGAAAGCUGAAGAAUCGUUCGGUCCUGGAGGAUAUACCUAUCUGGGUAAUGGAAACUUUGUUGGUAAUGGUCCAGGAUAUACCGGCGCACCUCCUCCUCCACCUCACGGUCAUCAACAGCAAUACUACGGAUCUACUCAAUAA